UGGCGCUGGGCUUCCCGUUAAGGAAGAUCGGACACUUCCUGUGGGGGCGCAGCGGAAGCCUUGUCGCUCUGGCUGUUCGAAUGGAGCGAGAGUGGGUCCGGAGUGGAGGGAAAGCGAGAGCGAGAUCUGGGGCGAGAGGGGUAUCCGGGUGGAAAGCGGAGCCCUGGGCCGGAGGGCGGUCCGGGAAUGGAGCCGGAUCGGGCAAGAGCCGCAUUCCUGAAAGGUGGCAGGAAUACUCUGCUGUUGGCCAAAGGCUCCCAGGGACCAGGUUCAUCGCCUUCAAAGUUCCACUGAAGAAGGUAUUUGAAAGCCGUCUGAUGCCCCAUGAAAUCUUCUCGCCGACGGAUCUUCUGAACCAAAUUAGUGAGCAGCAUCAAGAGUUGGGCAAGAUUAUUGACCUCACCUUUACAAAGCGAUAUUACGACUCUACGGAGCUGCCAGAGGAUUUGCACUACGAGAAAAUUUUCACUGCUGGCCAUGAAGUACCAAGUGCAAAAAACAUUUUAAGCUUCAAACAAGCUGUGAAGACGUUCCUACUGGAGAAUAUGGACAAUGAUAAACUGGUUGGAGUUCAUUGCACUCACGGCGUUAACAGGACUGGCUAUCUCAUUUGCAGGUAUCUGAUUGAUGUGGAUGGAAUGGACCCUCGUGAAGCGAUUGACUUGUUCAAUAAAUCCCGUGGACAUCCAAUUGAAAGGCAGAAUUACAUUCAGGAUUUGUUACAGGGGCCUCAGCGAAGCAAUAAAGGAAUUGAUGUCGUGACAAAACAGAUGGGACAAUUCAACAUGCACCCUAUGUUUGCACCACAAGAUAGGGCAAAGCAAGCUAAAUACCCUGCGAGGAAUGACCGUCGUGAAUUCAGUCACUUCGCCUGCCCGCCCGAGCAAUUUGCUAAUUCCUACUUGCCGACAGGCCGUUUCGGGGGAAAUAGCGCUCUUCAUCAACCAGUGCUAAGUAAUGGACAAUGUGGUGCAUCUUCAGACCAUACUGGCAGGUGGCAGCAGUCGUCCUGGAGGAAUUACCGGGCUCAUUCUCCAUGGCAACAGUGCCAGGUGGAAUCUCCCUGGGGCAGAGAUCAGCCGCUGCACCCGUGGGCUGGUUACCAACGGCGUGCUGCAAGGAGUACCAGGGGAAAGAAGUUGAUCUCUCAAGAUCGGGUUAGAGGAAACACGCAUCUGCGAUGGGACGAUUGAAAUGUGGACGGGUAUUUUAGUCACUUUGAUCAAGAGGAACUGAAACAAUGUGCAAGAUAAAACUGCAGCUGAGGGACUAGUUCAGAAAACAGCUACUGUCUCAGGGCAUCACUGCAUUUUUUUAAUGUGUUGGUACAUAGGACCCGUAGAGAAAUCUCACACCAUCCACCACAAUAUUGUGUUCAACUCCCAAUCUUUAAUUCAUUUCCUGACAUCACUGUCUCCCCAUCAGCUUUCCUCAAUUCACAGAACAGCCCCAACAGCCUUCCGCAGUUCAUGCGCUCUCCAUCUAACGAGUUGGGAGGACUUGGAAUUGAAUGGCACUCCGGAUAUUCGGUCUGAGGGGACACAGUGCAGAUUUUGUUCAGCCGGCGGGAUGUCGAUAUACUGUGUAACUGUUAAAGGGGUCCUGCUCCACUGAGGACACUUCGUACCUUUACAGGUACUUACAGUCAUGAAGAACUACAGCUCAGAAACGAGUACUUUGGUCCAUCUAGUCUGUGCUGAACUAGAUUCAUUUUACAUCGAGUUGGGGUCGAUUUUUAAUCUUUCCAUAGGCAACAAAUAGAUACCCAAAUCUUAAGUCAGUCAGAAACCAUUGGUAAAUGUUACAUCUGAAACUUGAAUGUGACAGGUUUGUGUUUGAUGGUCUGACUUGACUGCUGUGACACCCAACUCUUCUCCCUGUUGUUUUUUUUUUGGCUCAUUUAAAUGGGAACAUCGGAAGAAUCAUCAGGAUCAUCUCUGGAUCAAUGAACCUUAUCUGGUAAUGAGUGUGGUGCCAAUCUGAGAGCAGACUCAGUUGCCAGUCAAGUUCCAUAGGCUCCUGAUCAACGUUCUCUUCGUCUCGUGGAGGAUUGGCAGGGGGCUCCGGCGUGUGGUUGCAGCUUUUAAAUUAAGGACCCUCUGUGUUCUGGGUUGUACAUCUUGUUAGUUUUUGCAGUGAUAUCUUGUGCCUCAUCUUUUUACCAGAUUCUCCUAAAAUUCACAGCUUCGCUGUUUGAGGAAGGCUUGAAACAAGAAUUUCUAUGCUCAUUAUUAAAUGUAAUGUGGAAUCAAAAUAAAUUGAUUUUGGCCAUUUGUAUAAUUUUAUC